CAUGAUAAAGAGUAUUUGCUGUCAUUUAUUUUCAUCUGCCAGUUCCUUCUUUCUCCCGUGAUAUCUGACUAUCGUCGCCCAUCCAAUGGACAAGUUGAGCGUGAUACACAUACACCAAUAUAAGCCGUCGACCGACCCCCAAAUACCAUCAUGAAGCUGACAUUCUCCUUUACAUUCCUACUGGGGAGCCUUCUUGUAACGCCUUUGACCUCCGGUCUGCCAUGUCCCAAUGACAAAUGUACGGGCAUCGAGGCAAGGGAUCGAGGAGUGCCAGAGCCAACAAUCCCAGCGGUCGAAGUCCCUUCUUCCUGGUUGGUGAAUUCCAAGCCUGAUGAACAGGUGACCACGGAGCCGGAUGAUCCUCAUCAGGUACUUGAGGAGCAAGGAGAGCUGGAAGCUCGUGCCGACUGCAGUAUUCCAGACUUCCAAAUGGGCCUAUGGGACAACAGGUUUCCCACCAAGACAUGGUACAAAUUGAUUGACAACACGGGUACACUGGACCAGAGUGAGAUCAAACAGUAUGCGGAAAAAGCAUACGACCAAGUCAAAGGCAGGUUCGGAGAUGGGAUCGUCAUGGCUGGCUCCCUACAUGUACCUAACAUUGGAAUUCUCGUGGCGUCGAAGCCACGCCCAGUCUAUCCCAGAGCGCAAAAUGAGGAACAACUGGCCGGCAGAAAACAGCAGGGGCUGAUCACCUUGGAUCUGCUGCACGUGGAGGAUUUCCUAGCAAUAACAGCUGUGAAGCUAUACAAAGAGAAUAGGAAAGCCAAACCGGAAUCGCCCAUCAAUCUCCCCACAGGCGCAAAGGGUGCCGUUUGGGGUAAGUACAACACCGAGGAUCAAAGGGUCGGUCUCAAGCGUCCAUACGGAUCGACUGGAGCAGCCACCAUUGACCCGUCGUGUGAUGCGCUUCAGCAUGAGCUCAAUAUCAACUGGAUUACCUCUUAG